GGAUAACAGCGUGAGAUAGAGAAGCAACCAAACCAAAGAUGGCGCUAUGUUCAUCACUCUCACUUGUCCCUCCCAUCACUUCUCAACCCAAACUCACUUCCAAACCCUUCUUAUCUCCAACACCACCCAAGUGGCAUGGCAUCAUAUCCAAGAGCAACAACUCAAAGGGGUUCUUGUUGAAUGCUGGUUUUAAUGAGAUUGAGCCUGACCUCAAUGAAGAUCAUAGAGAAGAUUAUGCCACUAAUGGCGUUGACCCUGAUGAUUUUGAGUAUGGAAUAUAUGAUGGCCACCACACUUACUUCGAAGGACAAGAAGAGAAAGGAACAUUUUGGGGUACAAUUGCGGAAGAGAUAGCAGCAGCAGAACCCCCCACAGGAUUCCAAGGGCUUAUUUCAUGGCUCUUCCCACCAGCCAUUGUUGCUGGGGUGUACUUCAAUGUUCCGGGGGAGUACUUAUUCAUUGCAACAGGCAUAUUUACAAUCGUAUUUUGCAUUAUUGAGAUGGAUAAACCUGAUAAACCACACCACUUUGAACCUCACAUAUACAAUAUGGAGAGGGGAGCUCGAGACAAACUGUUAAAUGACUACAAUACCAUGAGCAUAUGGGAAUUCAAUGAAAAAUAUGGGGACCUAUGGGAUACUACUAUCCAGAAGGAUGACAUAACCAAGAGAUGAUUGUUACAAGUUCAUGGCUCUUGAUGACAAUCCUUGAAUAUAAUGAGUAUCAAGGCCACCCUUUUCAAGUUGUUCUUUUGUUAUAACUUUUUUGUUUAUGUUGGAUCAAGAGGUGUAUAUUCCCUAUUUCUACCUUCUUAUUUGUCAUUAAAUAAACAGAAACCUAAGAAUGAUAUUUUACUCACAUAUUGACCAAUAUUAACUGCUCCAAGAAGAAUGUAACACCCUAGUCAAGAGUUGUGUAAAGACUAAAGACUCCUGGUCUAGUAAGCUAUAUGAUGUCAUGGCAUCUGUUAGUGAUGCCUUGACCAGUUCUGUUGUUGAAGACAUCUAGAAAUUCGCCUUCCCAUUAUUUCAUUAUCUUACAUGGACGAUCUUAUUCUCUCUAUAUUGGAAAGUUUGGAACUAGUCAGCAUCGUGUCAUGACUACUGUAUGCCAACCUAGUCUAGUGGUUAUCGAUUAACUAUUGAAGAAUGUAGAAACUUACCUGAAAUUUAUGCUCACAGACUAUGGAUUAUUUGGCUUGGUUU